AUGAAAGUCAUUUUAUUACUAUGUAUUUUAGCUUUGCUAAAGGCAGCAAAUGCUGCAAACGGUGUAGAUGUCUCUUCGCUUGUUUCCACUUCUUCAUUUAAAUGCUUAAAUACAAAUGGUUAUGAAUUUGCAGUUGUUAGAUGUUUUCGUUCAACUGGCACAGUCGAUCCAAAUUGUGCAGCUUCAGUAGCUAAUGCUUUGGGAGCAGGAAUGUCAAAGGUUGAUGUUUAUAUGUUCCCAUGUUAUUCAUGUGGUAAUGGUGGAAUACAAGCUUCAAAAUUGGUCAGCUACUUAAAAGAAAAUAGUGUCAAAUAUGGUAAGAUUUGGAUAGAUAUAGAAGGUCCUGGAGUAUAUUGGGGUCCAAGCACAAGCGAUAAUGCAGCCUUUUUCCAAGAUAUGGCCAAUAGUUUAGAAAAAGAGGGAGUAGAUUUCGGUGUGUUCACAUCACCAUCGCAAUGGGUACCAAUAAUGGGAAGUUUUGAAGGUGGAUCAAAAUUCCCACUAUGGUAUGCUCAUUAUGAUGGAGUUCGAUCAUUUAGUGACUUUUCACCAUUUGCAGGAUGGUCAAAACCUACCAUGAAACAGUACUAUGGAGAAGGCACCUUAUGUAAUGCAGGAGUUGGCAAAAAUUGGUAUCCAUAA